CGGCGAGGGCCGCGAGAUCCCGUUUGGCGGCCGCGGCACCGCCUCCGAUGGCGGGGGUAGGGUAAGCACACUCGCGACCAGAGGACUCACAGGCGCGACAGGUGGUGUCGAUGCCGGCAUUGACGCAUUUGAUUUUGCUGCGACGGCAGCGGGCGCAGGCGAUGCUGGAGCGCAUGGUGAUAUUGGUAGCGCGUGACGCAGCAGCCCCAGGGGCUUGCGAUGGGUGGGGGAAGUGGUCAGUUUAUCCUUUUGUUUUCUUGUCUGUUCUCAACGUUUCUCUUCUUUUCCCGUGAAAUGAUUUUGGGUUGCAAUAUUUGUCCGACCAAUUGCGCCGGGAAUCCGGACAACGCAGCGUCGGGACACACACAGGUCCGUCCUACAGGAAAAGGGGGAAAGUGGCCGGGAGUCGUAUGACCUGUCUUCUGUGGAUUGAUUGUUUAUUUUUUGUAAAAAAAAAAUAAAUAAAUAAAUAAUCCAAAUCCAAAAAUCAAGAAGAGAAAAUGGGAAGAAGAAAAGUAGAGAGAAGACGAAAAGAAGAGAAAAAGCGAUGAUAGUCGGUGGAGACUGGGGAAGGGUCAAAUCGGAGUCGGGAGUGUGAGUGGAAGUGGGAGUGGGUCGGUCGGGUCGGUGGAAGACCGAGGGAGUGGACAGGAGGAGGUGGAGAGGUCAAAAGAAGUCAAGAGGAGGAGAGAGAGAGAGAGAGAGGGAGAGAGAAGAGGGGAGGGAGAGAAGAGAAGGUGAAGAAAGGAAGAAAGAAGAGAGAGAGAGGAAAGAGAAGGGAAGUGAGAAAGGAAGAAAGUGAAGAGAAAAGAGAAAGAAGAUCAAUGCGGGAAGAAGCGGAGUUGUGGGGGAAUUUAGUGGAGGAUCGGGGCACCGGUCCGGGGGGAAGAGGCCGACCGGACUGUUCGGGCUACUGACAGGGAGAGAGAAUAGGAUGGAAUUUCGAGGAUGUAAUCAUCGAUGGACAGAUCCAAUGGAGAA